AUGUUGUUGAGGUACAGUGAAGAUCUUGGAAAGAAACUUUUAAGGAUGCCUGAGCCGGCGAAAUCUGCUCCAGCACCGAAGAAAGGCUCCAAGAAAGCUGUCACCAAGACGCAGAAGAAGGGCGACAAGAAGCGAAAGAGAACACGGAAGGAGAGCUACUCGAUCUACGUGUACAAGGUGCUGAAGCAGGUGCACCCCGACACGGGCAUCUCGUCCAAGGCCAUGAGCAUCAUGAACUCCUUCGUCAACGACAUCUUCGAGCGCAUCGCCGGCGAGGCCUCGCGCCUGGCGCACUACAACAAGCGCUCCACCAUCACCUCGCGGGAGAUCCAGACGGCCGUGCGGCUCCUGCUGCCCGGCGAGCUGGCCAAGCACGCCGUCUCCGAGGGCACCAAGGCCGUCACCAAGUACACCAGCUCCAAGUGA